AUUACGUUGUGCGUGACGCAAAGGACGCAACGCCAACAAACAUGGCUGACAAAGAAAACACAAAUAUGGAAGUCGAUAAAGGAAAGAAUACGCCUUUUCCCAACCAAGCUAAGCCACUCGUUGACGAUGCUACUCAAAGAACAGGCAACGAAAACCAUGCGGAAGGCAAGAAAGGCGUGUCUGAAAGUCGCGCCACGGCGGAAUACUGCGAGAAGCUGCAGGCAUGGAUGUGGCAGUACUACAGUGGAUAUGUCAGCUGGCAGAGCUGGCUGGCAGCGUCAACGAUGUCUUGCCCUUAUUAUUUACAACCGCCAAACGGGACGUCGACCGCUCUUGAAUUUAACUCCCAGGACUGGUAUAACAGUCCGUUUGGCCUUCCGCUGUCGUCUUAUCCGCCCGCCGUCACCUCCCCGAGCAGCCGGGCAGGUGAAGGCAGCGGCGGGGCAGCUGUGGCCGCUCAGCCGCCGCAGGAGAACGGAAAUGCCCAGAGGCCAGGUCGAGAGUAUAGUAUUCCUUCACCUCUCCAAAGACUAAUGGCAGAGAUGGUGGAUUUCUUCAUAUUGUUUUUCAUCAAAGCAACAAUAAUCAUCAGUAUUAUGCACCUCAGUGGAAUCAAAGAUGUUUCCAAGUUCGCCAUGCAUUUCAUAGUGGAGGAAAUAGAUGAAGACACCUCCAUGGAGGAGCUGCAGAAAAUGAUGCUUGUCGCCCUUGUGUACCGGAUGUUAGUGUGUUUUUAUGAGAUCGUAUGUAUUUGGGGAGCAGGAGGAGCCACUCCAGGGAAGUUUCUCAUUGGACUCCGAGUUGUUACAUGUGACUCAUCUGUUCUGGUCCAGCCCAACAGGGUUCUCGUAGUGCCGGCCACCAAUGUGUCUCUGUCUGCGUCAACUGUCCGAGCCUUAAACAAGAACUUCUCGAUUGCCUUCUUCUUCCCAGCCUUCAUCACACUUCUCUUCUUUCAGCACAACAGGACUGUGUAUGAUAUGGUAGCUGGCACGAUUGUUGUCAAGCGAUCGAGACUCAGAUGACGCUGAAGCGCAUGCAUCGUAGUCUUACAAAAACUUUGAGCAGGCACUGAAUCAUCUUUUUUUGAAUACGCUGUAAGAACUCAAACUCAGUUCUUUCUAAGUAUUGUCAGAAAACGGGAAGAGUUUGAUACCCCUUUUCCACCAGGGCAGUUGACUGUUCUAAGUCGGUGCCUGACCCUGAACCAGUUCUUCGUGGUUCGUCACCAAAGAACGGACACUUGGCAAUCUAAACAGGUUUGAAUGCAGCGCAAAGUCUCUGCUAGCGUGGAAUUAAGACCCACUUGUGUCCGCUUUGUGGUGGAGUUUUUGUGAUCAACUUCACCAACUGAAACUUUGCACUGUGGUCCUCAAGUUCAGAAUAGACUCGAGGACGCUUCAAGAAUGAAACCAGUGACUAAAUGGCAGCCAAUAAAGUGCAGGCACAUACCGUGAUAUAAUUUGUGGCUCUGUAGCCUGUGAGGCGAAAAAAAAAAAAGUUUCUUAGAUGGUUAGUAAGAUGUGCCAACUCUGAACUGGCAGCGAGAUACGAGUUGGUGGAAAGUGGGUAUGAAACACAUUGGUAUGAACUAUUUCAGUUCACUACAGCUAGCACUGCAUUUCUGCGUGUAUGUACGUCUACAUGCAGGAUUUGUUCCGUUGCGAACACGUGAAAGUGAGGGCAUAUGCUACAUGUUCAUUAACACAAGAUUUGCCUCGUAUUCACCUCCAGAUUAAGGGUGAAUGUCUUCUCUCACUCGGUAUUUAAGUUGCUAAUCAUGCAUUUAUGAGAUUACACCUUCAGUAUCUCUUUGUAUUAAAUAUUUGUCAAGAAA